AGGAUGACUCUGUGAGUGUGUAAGACCCUGAGUGUGAGGGUGACUCAAUGAGUGAGAGACUGUGAGGUACUUAAGUGUGAGUCUGAUGGUAAGAGGACCUGUGCUGUGUGUGAGACUCAGAAAUAUUGGGGUGCAAGACUCUGAGGACGGGAAGGCAGGACCAGAGCUUCUUGGGGAUGAUGUGGGAUUGCCUAGUGUUGGGCUUGGAGUGCUGGCCUAUUGGAGCUAGGGAAGGGGUGCUCCUGUUAUUAGGGCUUUUUCUAGUGUUUCCACAUCCUGUUGUCUUGUUUGAUCAUCUCAUGUCAUAAAUGGAAGGAGAUGUUUGUGAAACUCUGAGAAUUCUUCACUAAGCACUAAGCAAACAGUCUGGGAACCACACUAUGUAAUGAGAUUAAAUGGCCAAAACAGACAAGUGGAAUUAGGCCUUGCUGUGGAGACUUCAUUUUCUUCUCAGUACCUGACCAUUUAUGAUGAGGCGGCUAAUGAAACUGUGAUGUUUGCAUAUUUCCUCCCAGGUAUUUUCUGUCCAUAUAUAUUUUUUCAACGAUCAUGGACUGAGUACAGAUUCUGUCCUAGGCCUCGUAUGGGGAACUGCUAAAACGGACAAGGAGCCCACAAACUUGUUGGGACAGACUGAAAGGCCGGAGGGAACACCGGUGUGAAGGAACCAUUUGCCAUGGAAGCCAAGGAGUUGGAGAGCCCUAUGCCCACAUACCAUUUCAUUCCUGAGGCUGGCCAGCUCGGGGAGGGCAAUGGCAGUGUGUCCCCUCACAGGACCACAGAAUCCAUGCAGCUGAAGAAGGAGAUCUCCCUGCUGAAUGGAGUCAGCCUGGUGGUGGGAAACAUGAUUGGUUCAGGAAUCUUCGUUUCCCCCAAGGGCGUGCUGGUGUACACGGCCUCCUAUGGGUUGUCACUGGUUAUCUGGGUCAUCGGCGGACUUUUCUCUGUCGUGGGUGCCCUUUGCUACGCGGAACUGGGGACCACCAUCACCAAGUCUGGGGCCAGCUAUGCCUAUAUUCUAGAGGCCUUUGGGGGCUUCAUUGCCUUCAUCCGUCUGUGGGCCUCCCUGCUCAUCGUUGAGCCCACCAGUCAGGCCAUCAUUGCCAUCACCUUCGCCAACUACAUCAUCCAGCCCUCCUUCCCCACGUGUGAUCCCCCAUACGUGGCCUGCCGUCUCAUCGCUGCUGCUUGCAUAUGUCUGCUGACAUUUGUGAACUGUGCCUAUGUCAAGUGGGGCACACGUGUGCAGGACGUGUUCACUUACGCCAAAGUCCUCGCACUGAUCGCCAUCAUUAUCAUGGGUCUCAUCCAACUGUGCCAGGGACACUCUGAGCACUUUCAGGACGCCUUUGAGGGUUCCUCCUGGGACGCGGGAAACCUCUCUCUCGCCCUCUACUCUGCCCUCUUCUCUUACUCAGGUUGGGACACCCUUAAUUUUGUAACAGAAGAAAUCAAAAACCCAGAAAGAAAUUUGCCCCUGGCCAUUGGGAUUUCUAUGCCAGUUGUGACGCUCAUCUACAUUCUGACUAACGUGGCGUAUUACACAGUGCUGAGCAUUUCAGAUGUCCUUGGCAGUGAUGCCGUGGCUGUGACAUUUGCUGACCAGACGUUUGGCAUGUUCAGCUGGACCAUUCCCAUUGCAGUUGCCCUAUCCUGCUUUGGGGGCCUCAACGCAUCCAUCUUUGCCUCAUCGAGGUUGUUUUUCGUGGGCUCCCGUGAGGGCCACCUCCCAGACCUUCUGUCCAUGAUCCACAUUGAGCGUUUUACACCCAUCCCUGCUUUAUUGUUCAACUGCACCAUGGCGCUCAUCUACCUCACUGUGGAGGAUGUUUUCCUGCUCAUCAACUACUUCAGCUUCAGUUACUGGUUCUUUGUGGGCCUGUCUGUUGCUGGACAGCUCUACCUUCGCUGGAAGGAGCCCAAACGGCCGCGGCCUCUCAAGCUGAGCCUGGUUUUUCCCAUCGUGUUCUGCAUAUGCUCCUUGUUUUUGGUGAUUGUGCCCCUCUACGGUGACACCAUCAAUUCCCUCAUUGGCAUUGGGAUUGCCUUUUCCGGGGUCCCCAUCUACUUCCUGGGUGUUUAUUUGCCAGAGUCCCGGAGGCCAUCCUUUGUUCGGAAUAUCCUUGCUGCUAUCACCAAAGUCACCCAGCAGAUUUGCUUUUGUGUCCUGACUGAGCUAGAUGUAGCUGAAGAGAGACUUGUUGAGAGGAAAACUGACUAGAGGCCAGAGGUGAAGUCUCCUGAGGCCUGGAAGUCUGGCUCCCUGUGGCCACAGCCACCAAAGUCCGGAUGACAAGACUGUAUGGGCCCAGCCCUGUUCUAAAGGAGCCUGUUGGCCCACAUUGUGUAAGGGGGUUCAGGGCUGAUGGCCUGCUCGGUGGUCACUCUCAUUGGUAAGCUGUGGGAGGAGACUCAGGGUCCCAGGCUAGCCCAAAGGUGGGGCUUGGGGAACAGGGGAAUGGUUAUUGAGUUUUGUUCCUGGUGGAUGGGUACAGUCCUUACACUUUCUUGGUGAGUUGCACUGGGGGAAGAGGGAGUGUUAGAUAGGUUAAUAGCUGUGGCUGGUGGUUUCUACAUUUUUGGUAUUUGAGGUAUUUGAGGUUUUGGUAUUUGUGGUUUGAACCAGGAGUCUCUAUAAAGGAGCUCUUUAGGGGAAGUUUUCCUCUGACCAGGUCCUGGCUUU